AGAGAAAACCAGCAGGCAUGCAUUAGAGUAAGUCAGAGUGGGAGUGAGAGGACCAGACAGCAGGGUGGAGAGAGAGGGUGAGUGUAUGUGUUGCCAGAGAGAGACGGAGAGAGAGAGAGAGAGGAUAGCAAGGCAGCUAGAGAGCUCGAGGGAGACGAUAGAGUGGGAGUGAUAGCGAGAGCUAGAUAAUGGAGGUGCAGUCUGAGUGCGUAGAGCCUCCUGUGGCCCCUCAGUGUGACCCCCAGCCCACUGGGAAGAUCAACAAAGCUGCCUUCAAACUCUUCGGAAAGCGACGCACCGGCUCCGGAAUGGCCAGCUUCUUCUCUUUCAGGAACAAAGGGGCCACAAACAGCGGGAGCAACGGGAAUUCUGACAAUGGGAAUUCUUUGAAUGGGAAUGGCUCGGCGGCGGAGCUCGUUAGGAGUAAAACCCACGAUGGACUAAUAGGCUCAAACAACGACACUGAUGGACAGAGAGGGGACGGACUCGCCAGCUUGGAGGUAGGACCGGUGAGGUCUCUCAGCAAAUCGCUGAGUUUCUUCUCUCUACUCCGACGUGGGAGUUUUAGGUCGAGUGAAAAUGGGGGGUCGGGACUUGUUAGAAGAGGGAGGGGCCUAAAGGGCUUCUUUAGCAGCAUGCGAUGGAGACGAAAGGAAAAAACUAACGAGGGAGAUGGGGUAGAGGUGGAAGGUCACAAGGAGAAGGAUGGGGAUAGUACCGACUCUGAGAAGGUAAAGGAUAUUACUCUCACCCUUGAACCACCUCCGCAUCAUCACCAAGAGGAUUGUGGGAAUGCAGAGGCAGAGCCUAACCUCCAAGCAACAGAGACUCCCAUUACUACUGUUACCAUGACACCACCACACUGUGUUGCCAUGACAGGGCCAUCUGUUGAACCAGACUCCCCCGUUCCUUACACACCCACUGACUCGCCGCUGCGGCCGACCAUUCAAAAAGCCAAAGCCUCAAUUUCCAGCCUCACCCCCUCCCUUGCUUCGCCCCCCUUGGACCGCUGCAGCACGGGUGACCCACCCUCGGAACCAUCGGUGGACAGACUCUGCUCUCUUCUCUUCAAUGACGUCACAUCCCUAAAGAGCUUUGAUUCACUGACAGGCUGUGGGGACAUUACUGCCGAUGCAGACGAUGAGGGUCCGGCGGGUAAUGGGGGCAGUGGCACGAGCAGCAGCAGUAGUGGCGGAGGAGGGGGGCCUGUGGGAGCAAGUGUUGGGAGAGCUGUUGGUAUCGCUAGUGCCACAUCCCGUGGAUCCCCGUCCAAACCGCCUCUACCUUCCCAGCUGAGCCAGCCCAUCUUCUCUGUUUCCUUAAGCUCAGGGCAUGCCUCCCUCCCAGCCAGGGCUCGGGCUCCACCUCCACCACAGCAGCACCCAGCUGGUAGUGGUGUGGUGGCUUACAUGGGUGGAGGGGAAGAAAUGGCAAGUCCAGAAGGAGUGGACGAUGCAGACAUGCAAGGGCUCUGGCACAUGCUGCCCUCCACGGGGGACAACUCUCCGGCUUUGCCCAGAUUGCACCAACCUCCCUCCACCACCCCUACUUCCACGUAUCCCCCUCGCUCCAACCCCUCAAGCAGCCACCUUUCUCUAGCCUCCAGGAUUUCGGAACGGAAGGUACCCCAGGUGAAGGCACUGGGGCUCAGCAAAAUUCCAGUAGUCGGUGGAGCUGCAGUUCGGGCAGCUAAAAGCUCCCUCCCUCACACACAUGGCCGCCAUCCAACAUCACCUGGGGAGAAAGAGCCACUCAGUGAUGAGGGCUACUGGGACACACCCUCAGCAACACCCACAGCGACGCCUGAUGAGAGCAGGCUGCAGCGUAACCAGAGGAUGGCCCUAUCACGCGACAGCUACUCUGGAGACCAACUGUAUGACCUUUACAAUGACCCUGAAGAGCAUGAAGAUGAUGAAGAACAGGAGGGAGAUGACGAUCUAAACAGUACCCCUUCUCCAUCUACUGAGUACAAACUGAGCCCCUCAUCCCAGACAUCUCCUCCUUCCUCCUCCUCCUCUUCUUCAUUUCGAUCGAUGAAAGGCAGCGCCAGCCUUCCACGGGACUCCAAAAUCCCAGUAAGCAACAAACAGUCAUCACCGCCCCACUCUGUGAGCCAGUCAGCCCUGUCGUCCGUUCUGGAGGCUGAAUCCCAACCACCAAAGACCGAAGCGCCUCCCCCAGUACGCACCAGAAUCCCUGUAUCCAAGGUGCCUGUCCGUCGAUCUGGAAACAAACCCGGCAGCAGAGGAACUGCCCACAAGAAGUAGUUUCUGUCAAACUGGUAGUUCUCCCCCACUAAUGUCUGGACUUGAGUUUGUACCUUUCUACAGUGCGGUUUAUGCACAGCCAAAAGUUUUCCCAGACGCAGAAAAAUGUUGAGCUGUGGAGUUAACAGCCUAUAAAUUCCUCUGAAAUCCUAAAAGCACUCACUCCUCAAGUGUUUUGGCUUACGACGACUAGAAUGAGUGGGUUUGUUCACUUGAGAAAGUCACGAGGAGACUCCAAAAAGCUGGGUUCACACUUCAUGGCCCCUCGCAGGAACAUUGGAGGUUGACUCUUGACAAUCCAUGGCCAUGCAAUAGACACCUUUGCCUUGUAACUUCCUGGAAAAGCUCCUGACCUACUGACACUUUGAUUCAGCUCAAGACUGCACACUGCGAUAAAGAGGGAAAAAAAACAGCAGAGCACCUUUUUUAUAUCUCUUGUUUUUCUUAUGGAAUUCCAAAUCGCAUAACUCAAUUUGCUCAGAAGGACCUAAUCUAAAUUAAGUUUUUCUUUUUGUUUUGGGUUUGUCAUCUUGUCUAAUCAGUAACAAAGUACCUCCUAAUCCUCUGAAUUUAGAGCCAAAGUUUGAAAAAACUGUUUUCAUUUCACGUCCUCUAAUAGUCUGGAAUAAACUCAACAACAUCCACAGCCUGGGAUGACCCACAUUUUUUUGUUUCGCUGUUGUAUGUGUAUUUUACUUUUAGCUCUUCUUGUGACUGUGCAUAUUUCUAAAUGAAUUCUGAGAUCUGAACUGGUUGUAAAACUUUGCAGCUACAAAUACAGGAAAGCUUCUCUGCAGAAGGCUCCAGUUUGUUGACUGGUAAAUAAUUUUAUUUUGGAAGUUUGGAUUCAGCCUGUGACAUUUGGAUCUGCAUCACUACAUCACUGGAAGUACAUCCAUCCAUCAACCUCGGGGAUUUACAAGUGUUAAGCUACAGAUGGAAACCUGGAAAACUAUCGCAAUAUUUAUACCUGGAGGGAUCGCUUGCACUGACAUAACACACGGACACACACACAACAAAUUGUGUAAAAACCUUUUUUCUCCAUCUCUGCAUGCAGUGCCACACACACGCACCCGGCACAAAGGUCAGGAACAUCAUCUAACACUGAAGGAUCUAAGACACACACUGUUCAGCCUUUGGUACUUUCUUCGUAGCUACACUGGAUGACUUUCUUCUCGAAAGACACAUGCACUAACAACUAUUUUUUUCUAGUUAGUACUUUCUCCUUCACUGGAUUUCAUACUGUUUUGUAAGCCCUGUUUUCCUAGGUCACAUUGCACAGAUCUUAAACUGUGAUUGCACCAGCUUCUCUAUACUCUGCUCUCUAUCCGUAAAAUCUGGGGACUGAUGCUAACUCAGAGCAGAGUCCUUCACCCCCAUUUCCGGGCUUUUGUACUUGUCGUACAACCUCAUUCUAGGAACCGCUAGCUGCGUGUGAAUCUGAAUGUAGCUUGACAUCAUUGUAGAUCAUUGGUCAGCAUAUAUUUUCCCCUGUGUUGGUGUGUUUUCCUCUUUGUCCCUCUUUUUGUGGGGGCAAGACAAUGGGCGGAGUCCACUGUUUUCUAAGUCCCCCAGUGUUUUGUAAAACGGAGACAAGCUACUGCACAGUGUGUGCACUUGUAUUACGAAUGAGUAGUGUGUGUUGCAGUCCUAAAGGGCCUUUGUCAGUGACUCAGUGAGGCAAGUUACUGGGGGCAGAGUGUUCUCCACCCUUUAGAUGAAAGAGAGGGGUUCUCAUUGGAAAAGGCAAGUUUUCUCUAAUCCGAGCCACAAGGGGUUCCAAUGACAUUUGAGGGACGUUCUAGUUCAUGAUAGCUUUCCAUCUGGUUUAGGAGCCGAUGAUUGAUCCACAACGCUGCUCCAGGUUCAGGUAUCUUUUCAGCCUCCUGAUGGUGUAGCAUAGAACAGGCCCUGGAGUAACCUGAUCCCAGGUCUGCGGCGAGAGUAUUUCUCACCCAGAGGAAAGGGCAGAGUAAAGGUCACUUGGAGAGCCGAGGAUGAUCACGUCCGUUCAUGUCUUUUUGAAUUUACGGUAGCAUGCAAUCAAUUUCAUUCAUCCUCCCUCUGAGUUGAGGAAGGGAUUGAAAGAAAUCAGGUGGAAAAAUGGGUGGAGUAAUGUACAGGGUGGGCAAAAAUAUAAACCAUCACGCCUGGUAAAAAAUGUGUGAUACUUUUGGUUUGCUGACGAAAACAGUUCGCUGAGUGGUACAAAAAUCACAAUUAUAACUCCCUGUGAAUGGGAAACCACACAAUCAAAUGGUUGAACUAGACAAGAAUUUAUCAUGACAUUUUAUAUAUUUAACAGGUUUUGUUCAAAUCCUUGGUUAAUGAAUUUGUUGACUGUGAUCUGUUGCGCCGCUGCACAGGGAUGACACCAAGCAUGGAGGCCAGCAUAUUGCCAUGUGGCUCAGCUCCCUCUGUUUUUGUUUUCUCUCCUUCCUCUCCUACACACUGAGCCUCCAUGUGAUCACUGCAUUGAAAACAUAGUUAUGUUUUUUAUUUGUUAUCUUUAUUUAACCAUCUGUUCACAGUGUGAAAUCCUUUCACUUUUCUUAUUUAAUGAAUAAAACUGUGUUUGCGCUGACAAA